GAGACCUACUCAUUCCUUUCUUUGUUUUAGUUCCACCAUGAUGCAUUCCAUUUUGUUGCUUGGACUUCCGAUAGUAACAUCCUUUAGUGGUUCUCAAGCUGAAAAUGCCUUCUUAGAAUACUGGGAAGAGCAUAUUGGUCUUUCAUCCCCUCCACAUUGGUUACCUGAAAAGGCUUCUUCAUUAAGCUCCCAUCAAGAUGCAGUGUUUAAGAAACUUUUGGAGAAAAAUGAAUUGACAUCCCACCUGCGUUCAUUCUGUAAGCAAGCUAAUGUAGCUUGUUCUACAAAUGUAUUGGUGAAGAAGACAAUGGACAACACAACCUCACCACCAAUAGCCCAAUGGAAUGAAGCCAAACUAACGUAUGAUUUUCCUAAUGACAAACCCCUGGUGAUAGCCAGCCAAGGGGGAUUGCCAUAUUUCAGGGAGUCAAUGGUGAAAGAGGGAAGUUUCAUGCCCAUCCCUAGUCUAAGGGAUCCAAUGUCAUAUAAAUCGUUCUUGCCGUGAUCUUUGGCAACAAAAAUUCCAUUUUCCGUUGCCCGUUUCAAGGAAGUGAAGAAGCUUUUUGGCAUGGAAGAUGAAUCAAACAUGGUUGAAUAUAUUCAAGACACCCUCAAGAUAUGUGAGAAGAGUCCCAUUCGAGGUGAGAAAAGAACAUGUGCAACUUCCGCUGAGGAUCUUAUUGAUUUUGUCAUCGAGGAAUUAGGACACUAUGUAUAUGUAUGGAGUACUGAAAGCAUUGAAGGAUCUUAUGAAAAUGUCACAAUUGGAGCUGUGAAACUCAUAGAUGGAAAUCUUUUUGAAUCACCAGCCUUAUGCCAUAGCCAGCCAUUCAUAUUUCAAGUCUAUUAUUGCCAUGUUUUACAG